AUGACCAUCAAUAAUAUGCUGGUCCAUGUCUCCCAGAGUCGCGAUGAACCAGCGGAGGAGGUUGGCCCAGCGGUAUUGCCCGGUCCGGCGGAUGAUGACACCGGCGAUGAUUUGGGCGGGGACCAGGGCGCCUGUGUUGUCCAGGAGCAUCAUACCUACGCGUUUCCCCCCGGCGGUCUUGACUGUGGGCUGGCUUACACACAUGCGUAUGCCGCCGUAAGAAUCAUAGGCAAGCCCAGCAUCUCUCUAGGCCAUCUUCACUUUUGCCUUUCCAAGUACUCUUUUCGACCGCGACCCUUCUUCCUUGUGGGGUCUCAUUCGUACCCAAACAUACACUCCAUCCUGCGCGACCCUGAGGUAAUCCACAUCUCGCCUCUAGCCGAGAUGUUAUUCACCGUGCUCCUCUACGAACUCCUCCUCGCGCUCGUCAAGCUCAUCCACCGCACCUUCUUUCGCGUCUCCUAUACCAAACUCAUCCGAGGCAAAUACAUCAAAGACCAGGAACGCAAGCCCGUGGCCGCAAACUCCUGA